CAUGUAGCAGCAUGGCCCAAUCAUCACCCGCCGCAGGAUUCCGGUUUCCCUCGCAAUAAAUGGCGCGCACUCGGGCGCAGUUGGCCAGCAUGGAGCGCGCUUCCACAGGAGACCCGCGGCCUCAGGGCUCGCAGACGCCUAACGAUGAUGAGCCUAAAACUCGUGGGACAAAACGGUCCAUCAAUCUGGCGGCCUAUGAAGAAUUAAGGGCCCGUAAGCGACAACGACUCGAAGACAUCCUUGGUCGCCACGAGCCUCGUGAUAAUCCCGAUACAGCAAUUAACCCCAUCGCUUUUUGGAUAAACGAAGGGACGUGGCCAUUCGCAUACAUCCCGCCGCAAAUGGAAGAAAUACUUACUUAACAAAGGCCGCCUACCCUUAAGCGAUCAAAUUCCAGCACAUCCAUCUCAUUAAGCAGCUAUGGCCAGAUAGAAGGCAGAAGCUAUCCCUACUGAGAUGCGCGAUAUAAUACAUGAGAAGUAGGCUUUCCAAGUUACCUAUCUAUUGAGAAAGUAAACGACCUGCGUUCUCAGUUAGAACUCCCCGAUUAUCUCAAAUGGAAACCCGUGUUCAGGUUUCUUCGAUCCACACUGGUGUAUCCCUGGGGAUAUGUUUAGUUCUCAUCGAGGUCUUUCCUCCCGGUGUCGUCCUUUAGAGCUGGUUUUAUUCGCUCUCUCCAACAGCGUGGGGUCAGUGGUCGACAUUGCGGAUAGUUUAGCUAUUUCGAGGGAUGAGUGGCAAGUUGGAGUGUCACUGGCUUGCGAGGCGUUGAGGCGUAGUCAAAAUUAUUUGGAAUUGCUACUUUGGUCUUUUAUUUUUGGUGUACAUCCGUAUUUUUGGAGAUUAUCUAGAACUUGUAAUGAGAAGAAGAAUCGACGGAUUGCUUGCAGCCAGCAUACCAAGCGCA